AUGGGUCUAUGCAGAACACUUUGUAAAAUUUUUGGUCAUUAUUCACAAUUUUAUUUUGUUACUAUUGCAUCAAUUCUUGGCACGGGUAUUCUUGGCCUUCCAGUAACUUUAUCAAAAAGUGGUUUUUGGCCAUUUGUCAUCUCAUUUUUGGUUUGUUACUUAGUUCAAAUAUUGACAAUAUUUUUCUUUACGGAAGUUUUACAAAAGGCUUACUAUCGAAAUGUUGAAAUAUUACAAGAAAGUGACAAAGAUAAUGCACCUAUUCAUAUGGAGAAACAUGAACUACAUACAUACGGAUCAGAUUAUGAUUUAGCAUCAAGACAAGAAUACGGUGAAUUUGCUGAAUUACGAGAUAUGGUUGUUCCUUCAAGAGCAUAUAAAUCAGAUAUAAUCAAAAGAUGUUUACCAAAUCAUCAUUCACUCGGAGAGCUUCUACUACCAUGUUUUCUUCGACAAUUAUUUACAUUAACCGUACUAUUCACUCUACUAUGUUUCUUGGUAAGCUAUGCACUUGCUGGUAGUCAAGCAUUCGCAACAUUAUUUCGUGUUCCAUACGUGACAAUGAUUCCGGUGUUUUGUUGGACAUGGGCAUUUGUCAUUAUUUUUCUUCAUGCUUUUAUUCAACCGAUCAUUUCCGUAUUUACUCUUCUUAAAGCCUUGCUUUUUACCGGAACAGUUGUUGUGACAUUACUGGUUGGCUUAAAAAUACGCAAUCCAGUACAUGAUGACUAUUCGGCUAUGGGUGAUUCAUUUCUGAUGAGUACAAUUGCAUUAGGUGGUUUAAUGAAUGUCAUGCCAUUAAUGUUCUCUAAAAUAAAACAAACAAGAGAAGAAAUUAUUGGUUUCAAUACAGCUUUAUUUCUUGGUUUGACAACAUGUGUUAUCUUAAAUAUUUUAUGGUGUUGGUCAAUUUUAGCAAUUGUUCCUCAAGAAAGUACAUGUUUAUCAAGCAGCAUAAAUGAUACAAUUCAAAUGGCAGUUAAUCUUUUAAAUGAAUCACAAACUCAAGGUCAUUGUGUUUUAUCAUCUUCUUUAGCAAAAGCACAAUCAGAUGGAGAAAUUUCAACAGUACCAUUAAGCAAAAUUCUUGAUAAUGGAGAUUAUCAUUAUUUUAAAUAUGUUUCAUUUAUUGUUCAAUUAUUUAUUGUAACAAGUAUUUCAGUUUCAUUCUUAACAAUGGGUUCAGCAUUACAUCAUACAAUUAAAGGUGUUGUUGAUGCAUAUUGGAAUCCAACAUUAGAAGCUGAAACAAAUUUAAGAAAAUAUGGAAAUGCUUUCGAAUAUAUUACCGUACGAAGAAUUAUUCAAUGGAUAUUUUCUAUAAUCAUCUUUUCAAUUGUAUUUGGUAUUGCCAUGAGUAAUCCAAAGGGUUUUAUAACUAUUCUUGAAGAAGCAGCAAGUCUUUUUCAAAAUAUUGAAAUCGGGUUAUUUCUUGCAAUAAUGACUUAUAAAGUAACAUCACAUGAAUAUAGUAAAUAUACAUUACCAUUUCAAUUACCACGAUGCAAAACUGUUUUUUUUAUAAUGGCAUCGAACUCAGGUUAUAAUGAAUACAAUUCUCAUGGAAGAAGACCUUAUAUUGGAUUCGAAGGAUUAUUUGCAAAUGAAAAAUCAACAAAUUAUUCAUCAGAAAAUACAAGUUCAUCUAAUUAUUCCAAAACAGUUUCUUCCUCUUCGAAAUUGCAUGAAAAUUCUCAUUUAAUAUCACCACGUAUUUGUACAUCUGUAUUAUCUGCUGCUUAUACUGAGAUUAAUACAAUAUGGUUUAAAGAAAAAUGGUUAACAUAUAGUGAUAAUCAUAAAGAAACAUUUUUAAUAUUAAAUACUGAUAGAACAAAAUAUUUAACAGUACAAACGGCUAUUCAUCAAAAGUCUUUCAUAAAUAAUAAACUUCCUUUAAUUUGUCGACCUGAAUGUCUUCUUAUUCGAACACAAUCAAACAAUAAAAGUCUAGUUUUACCUAAUUCAACAAUUUCACUUGAAUGUCUUUUUGAUAGAAAAAACCGAUCUGAUGCUAAACGAUUUCAAGGAAAAUUAAGUGCUAUUAUAUGUGAAUCAAAUGAAAUAAAUAGUAAAUUGAUGUUUUAUAAAGAUUUAAAAAGAAAUCAUUGGUAUGUAUUUUUUAAUGAUCCAACACCAUUAUCACAAUCCUAUUCGAAUAUGUUAUCGAAUGAAGAACAAUAUCAAUUCGAAUCAAUAUCCGAUGACAAUUUGAAUUAUUCAUCUCAAUUACAUUUUCCUCUAAAUGCUUUGCAUAAUCACCCUGUAACUUAUGUAUAUAUUGUAAAAAAUUUAAAUGAUAAUUAUUAA